AUGUCUGAAGAAACAACAAAUUAUCUUUGGGCAGUACAAGAUAUACUGGGACAUGGCGCUACGUCAAGUGUAUAUAAAGCAUAUAAUAAAUCAACUGGUGAAUUAGUUGCUGCUAAAGUUUAUCAAGUUUCAUCGAGUGCUCGUACGCCUGGUGGUGAAAAAGAAAAUCGUAAUCGAGAUUAUCGCCCUAUAUUAGAUCAUGAAUUAGAUAUUCUUAAAUCAACUGAUCAUCCAAAUAUUGUUCGAUAUAUUGCAUUGGAACCCGUAGUUCCCUUAGAACCCUCGCGAGCACCAGCUGAUCGCGAAGCUCUUUUCAUUGAAUAUUGUAAUGGCGGAAGUUUAAAUAACGUCCUUGAAUUGCCUGAAAAUCGUUAUGGCUUAAUGGAAGAUGAGUUUAUGCUUGUUUUUAAACAAAUAACAAAUGCAUUAAAAUAUUUACAUACGAAAAAUACAAUUCAUCGUGAUAUUAAACCGGAUAAUAUAAUGCUUUCAAUUAAUAUCAAUGGUGAACGUACAUAUAAAUUAGCCGAUCUAGGCGUUGCUCGACUUAUUAAUGAAGGUGAAAAUGCGUUUACAACACUUGUUGGAACCGAAGAAUAUAUUCAUCCGGAUUUAUAUAGAGCUGCUGUACAUGAUAAUAAAACAAAUGCUCUACGAACAGCUUUACAAACUCGUGUGGAUUUUCCAUUUGAAGUUGACCUGUGGUCAUUGGGUGUUACACUUUAUCAGUGUGCAACUGGCGAACUACCAUUUCAACCAUUUGCCGGUACACGAAAAGAUCGAGCUGUGAUGAAACGCAUUUUAGAUACAAAACCGGCAGGAUGUAUUUCAGGCGUUGAAAAUAGUCCUGGUGGAGAUAUAAAAUGGUCAAAUUCUUUACCGGAAUCAUGUCGUUUGUCAAAAGAUUUAAAGAAAGAAUUAGAAAAUCUAUUACGACGCGUCAUGGAAUCUGAUAGAAAUAAAUUGAUGAGAUUUCGAGAAUUCUUUACAGAAACAGACCGAAUCUUUAAUUUAAUGCGUAUUUAUUAUUUAAAUUUAAAACGUUUUACAUUAACAUGUAGUUAUUUCGUACCAACACAAUCGAUAACUGAAUUAUUUGAUCAAUUACGAAGACAAAAUCGAGAUAACAAUGAUGAAGAAUAUUUUUGUCUUUUUCAAAAUAUGCCGUAUCCAAUAUCAAAAACAAAACCGAUGUCAAUAAAAACAUUUUGUGAACAAUUACCGAUCCCAACAUCACGCGAAACUCCACUUGUAUUUUAUACAUUUUCUCCAAUUGAUAUCAAAGAUUCGUAUUGUCCAACGGUUUUUAUACCUGAUGUUAAAUCUAUUCGACAAUAUAACGAUGUUGCUGCGGCAUACGAUUGGAGUAAUGAUAUGGUUGGAAAUUUCUUUUAUUUAAAAACUCAACUAAUUGAAUAUCAAAAUAUUUUAAAAACAGCUCAAUGCUCAACAACAAUAAUGCAACAACAGUUGAAAUCGAAUUUACUGGAAUUUCUUUGUUCGAUUCGUUCGAAACUUAUUGUUUUUCGUGCAAUUGAAGAAUUAAAAUAUAUUCUUGACCAAAUGGAUAUUAAUGCAAAUAGUCAGCCACCAGCAUCAAAUAACGUCUCAAUGAGUUCUAAUAAUGGUAGCACUGCAUCGGUAAAAAUUAUACAACCAGCAAAUGGAGAAGCGCCAUCUAUUGGAUUUUCACAUUUGUAUAAUAAUUCAACGUCAAGUGAAAGUAAUAGUUUAUCACCGGCAUCACCACGUCGUACAUCGACUGCAUCGCCUAUGCAACUGAUUCAACAGAGUAUACGUAUUUAUCUACGUUCAUAUCAUCAGCCAUAUGAACAAAUAAAAAAAUGCGAACAAGAUAUAUUGGAAAUAAUCGAAAAGCAAUUUAAUGGUAAACUGGGUAUGAUUGAUGAUCAACAACCAUUUGAUAAUACACUCUGGUCACCACAUUGUACAAAACCUUACUCAGCAUGGGUUCAACGCGCUGAUAAAUUUCUUAAAGAUCUGAAUGAUCUUAACGAUAGUUUUCGAAAAGACCGUUUGUUAAGUACAUACAAUCGUUUACAAAGCGAUUCACAUUUUCGUCGUCGAAAAAAUCUGGAACAACUUCACGAUCAAUACGUUCAUUUUAUCAAUGAAGAAUGUACCCCAAAUUUAGCGCAAGUCUAUAAUGAUUAUAACGAUUGGAUCUUGCUACGUUCGAAUCUCAUAAAAGAUUAUCGAUCGAUUGGAAUAUUCUAUGACAAACAAUGUGAUGAUAUAAUUCAUUAUGUUGAUUUACUCGAAGAUGUUCGGACAGUUGUUUAUAAAAAUAUUCGUGAAUUAGGUGGAACAGCUUCACCUAUGACAAUACCAAAUGACUUGCUUCAAGCUCCACUGUUAGGAGUUCGCAUGAAUUUAAGUCAAAGCAGAGAAGACGGAAGUACUCAUCAACAGCCAAUGGUAAUUGGCGAUGAAGACAAUAACGAUGAGAGCAGUAAAAAAUUUAUGGAUAAAGUACUUGGCACAACGAAGAAAACGAUUCACCACGCUGAAGAAGGUUUCCUUCGAUUAGAUACUGCUAUAAGACAAAUUCGUACGAAUAUACACAAAAAAUAA